CCUCUCCUUCACUUUCUCCUCCACCUCCACCUUCUCGGCCGCUUCCUCCUCCCCCUGCCCAUCUCUCCCCACGCCCUACGACCGACCACCAUGUCUGCAGGAGGAGAUUUUGGGAACCCGUUGAGAAAAUUCAAGUUGGUCUUCCUGGGAGAGCAGAGUGUUGGGAAGACAUCUCUGAUCACACGGUUCAUGUAUGACAGCUUCGACAACACUUACCAGGCCACGAUUGGAAUCGACUUCUUAUCGAAGACCAUGUACCUGGAAGACCGGACAGUGAGAUUGCAGCUGUGGGAUACGGCCGGCCAGGAGCGCUUCCGGAGCCUGAUCCCCAGCUACAUCCGGGACUCCACCGUGGCUGUGGUGGUCUAUGACAUCACAAAUCUCAACUCCUUCCAGCAGACCUCUAAAUGGAUUGAUGACGUGAGGACAGAAAGAGGAAGUGAUGUUAUCAUCAUGCUGGUGGGUAACAAGACAGACCUGGCAGAUAAAAGGCAGAUAACAAUUGAGGAAGGAGAGCAGAGAGCCAAAGAGCUGAGCGUCAUGUUUAUCGAGACGAGCGCGAAAACAGGAUACAACGUAAAGCAGCUUUUCCGGCGUGUGGCAUCAGCUCUGCCAGGAAUGGAAAACGUCCAGGAGAAGAGCAAAGAAGGAAUGAUCGACAUCAAGCUGGACAAGCCACAGGAACCGCCAGCCAGCGAAGGCGGAUGCUCCUGCUAAUCCAGACCCCCGCAUCGGUCAGCUUCAUUCGACACCACACGCUUGUUGUGUUGCUUUCUAUCGGUUAGCUUCCUAAAAAAAAAAAACCAACACUGAUUCAGUUCUCAAGAUGGGAGGAUUUUUUUGUUUUCUCUCUGUCUCUGGGGGUGGGGUGUGGCGGGGGGAGGGGGGCGUGGGAGGUGGUGAUCAUGACACUCUUAAUAGCUGUUACUUAAACUUAACUAUUUUUUGGUUUGGUUGUAAUAUAUUGUACUUUAUUAAGAUUGCCAAAAAUUGUGAAAAAUUGAAAAAAAAAAUUUAAAUCAUGUGUAUACAACUUUUUGCCAGAUGAAAAUGUAGUCAUUUUUAUUUGAAAGAGGGUGGGCUUUUUGUUUUUGUAUAUUUGUAAACUUACAGAGAAGACCCACUCCGCCUCCCUCUCUCCCUCCCCAUCCUAACUCCCACCAAAAGCAGAAACAAAAAUACCCACGCAGCAAGACUGCUCCAGGACCCACUCCCCCUCUCCCAUUCCCCAACAGUUAACCCGAACACCCGCUGUAUGGUAACCAACAUACCUGAGGCUGAGACAAUUGAGCGGAGGACUCCAAAGGAGCCUCUUCUUCCACGCUCUCACUACUUCCCUGGCCACCUGUCUGGUUAGAUCCAUGGGCCAAUGCGCCCAGCCACCCGACCUGAAAGAAAUCAGCGAGCAGAGCUAAGGGCGAUCAAAUGAAUGGCUUCCCCUUUCCAUUUCUGUGAAUCCUGGGUGGUUAGCAGCAGGCCAACGCUUGCAGAGUUCUCUCAGCCUGAGGACACGGAGCGGAGGGGGAGGAAGAAGUGGGUGUUGGGACGACAGGAAAUGCUCCGCUAGACCUGGGGCCAGACGGACUCGGGAAACUGGGCUGUUGAUUCAGGUAUAGAGAGGGAUCCAGAGAGAUGCUGAUGGAGAGCAGCCUACAUUUUUGUGAACUGUACCCCAAAGUGCUGAAUCCAAGCUCACCACCAUGUAUUCUACAGUAUUAUACCAUCCCGGGGAGGGCAGUGGGAAAGGAAGGGGAGAAGGGACACUUGCAGAUCUAUUACUAGAGGAAUAAUUGCUUUUAGAUUUUUAGUUGCUAAUGUGGUUGAGUAUGGUUCCGGAAAACAUGAUUUCUUGAUGCUUUUUCAUUCCACCGGUGAAGUAUAAAUAUACCCGAUAGACCACACGCUACCGUCUAGAUGGAGAAUACACUGUUUGUCGCUUUACUGUGGAGCUGCAGGGUCUUGGGAAGACCCCGGCUAGCUGGGCCUGCCAUUUUGGAUUCACACCUGAGGGUGGCUGAAAUCCCAACCGCCCCUUGAUGUCACGCAAAACGCCAUAUGGGACAAAGGGCGGCUUAGCCCUUGAACCACCCAGACAGAGAGGAACGAGCCAGGGUCUAAAAUGGAUCGGGUCGGGGCGAGGAUGACUCUGACCUAAAUUAGAAAUCAGUCCCUCCCCUCCUCCUUCCCCACCCAGCCACCACCCUCCUUCGAUUCUGGCCCUGGCUUCCGGGCUCCCGGAACUGGCAGUCAUCGAACGCAUUGUCGCUAGGACUUUGGAAAGUCAGAGAAGAUUCCUGCCGGAAUGACUCUGGGUGGUCUGAUGGAUAUUUUUGGAACCUCUCCGGAAGGUCCUUAUCCAUGUGGGGGUGUGAAUAGAAGUGUAUCCAGAGAGAAUUGGGAACCACUCAUAAACCAAUCCAAAAUGGCAGCCUGCCACGAGUAAGAACUUGCGGAAGACGCAAAACUCUUAAACAUUUGUUCUGUGGGUCUGCCGCGUGUUUCUGCUGACGGUACUGCACAAGGCAGUUGAUCUUUAAGGUGGAAUUUUAUCUUCAGGAGGGAAACACAGGAAACCGAAAUCCUGGUGAAGCUCCCCUCUACAAAGGGGCGUGAUCAAUGUGCUAAUCAAAAUCAGAUAUCACAUGUUUAAUUUUUAUAUAUGUGUGUACAUAUUUAUAUAUAGCUAGAUUUGUGUAGUCACACCAAACCACCCCCCCCACACACACACACAGUCGAUUUUUGUUUCUCCUAUUGUUGUCACAUGGGAACCUCCUUCGGUUUGACAGCACUGGAAAAUGAAAAAUGCUACAAUGUGCUAGAAUAAGAAAUACUUAAUAUUGUCCAAUAACUUGUGAGUUGUCUUGUCACCAGUAAAAUUAUGCAUAGAUAUGUGGUUCAACUAGAGGGGAAAAAUAGCACAGGGGAAUAUCUCCAUGUUCUAUAUAUAAUAUAUAUAUAUGUGUACAUAUAUAUAAGUGUGUAUAUGUGUGUGUGCGCGCACUUGGGCUUGUGUCCACACACACAGGCCAACGCGCACUUACCCAUGCACACAAAGACCAGUGGUGCUUGUCGGAAGAUUGCUUUGUUACCUCACAACAAUCUAAACGGAUUCACAUCACCUGGUUGCAGUGUCUGGUCUUUUUUGCGGUGAAGUCCUUGUGGCCUUCAUGGCUGACACAUUUGCAGUGAAAGCCACUGUGUGUUCAUUGAAGGAAUGGAUGAAUUUUGGGGGUGGGGUAUCACAGAAUUAGUUUUUCUCUUGUGACUUUCCUAUACAAAAACAAAAGAGGGGGGGAACCACUGUCAUCUCACAUGCACACGCCAUUCUGGGGCACCUGCUUCUGUCCGCAACCAUAGAAGACAAUGUCCAGUCGAAGGUUUAGCUUGUCUCAUCGUUAAAUGCCACGGGCCGGGUACACCCAAAUAUGUAACAUCAUUUCCCUCCAUCCCCCUCCCAGCCCCAACAAGGAUGUUCCCGCAAAUCCUCUCCUGUCUUUCCUCCUUUCCUCCCAUCUCAGAAUCACUCUCUUCUUCCUUUACAUCUGCCUAGGGACUGUUAGAGCACUCAAUGCACCCUCACGUAAGUGCAUUUCUCCUCUCUCCCAUCCUCACUGGAAGGGCUUCUAGUCUUUUGCUUGCAGAAUCAGAGAGGAACCUUCAAUUAGAUCACCCUGUGUUGGACUCUACCUCAGUGACCUCUCAACCAACUUGGCUCUCUAGAGUAAUCUGACCCAAGAAACGUCUUCUUUCCCACUUAGGCAGAACAAUGGAAGUUUUCCUUAGAAGGAGGAAAAGCCCUAGCUAGCCCCAGGCUGUGCGAACUCCAGUUGUUGAUCCAAACUAGGCAGACACCUCCGGAAGGGCAGAGUGGAUUUGGUUCGUUGGCCUUGUUUUAGUUGGUAACUUUUCCCUCUCCCGAGGGCCAAAGCUUAAGACAGAGAAAAGAGAGAUUUUCCUUGGGUGUCUAAGGCCAUUUGGCUUCAGCUUCUUUCCAAAGAAAGCAUGUGGUCGCCAAGGUCCAGCCCUGAGCCGUAGAAAUUGGAGCACGGUCGUUGGGCGGGAGGGAGGGGAGAAGAUGCUCACCCAAGCCUUUAGUUCAGCGCUCUGUGCAUAGUAAACACUCUAGAAAGACCACUGCUCUCGACUCAGGAGGGAUGAGACCCUUUCGGAAGAUGGAAGCGAGCCCUGCCAGACCCACCCAAGUCUUCAGAUGCUUCAAUAACCCAUCGAGGGUCUCACUUUGAGAAGGUGAAAUGGAUCGUCAAAUGACCGGAAGUGCUGAGGCGUAUUCCAGGAGUAGAGGACUGGCCACCUCGGGAAAUCCCAGCCGAGUUGCGUAAUUUCUAAACCGAGACCUUUCCUCCCCCGAGUGGCAAGGAGUCCCACCCUCUCUGUUCCCUUUCUCACUCCACAGGGUUGCUUUAAGUUUCAGGGAUUGGCAAUGAGCAGACUCAGGAUGUGGGAGCCAAGCCUGAAGAGCCCGGAGGUUUCGACAUCAGCGAAGAAGACCUCGGAAGCCCCACUCCCUGCUGAUCCAAAUCCUCGUUUCGGGCCGAACCUUGGCCAACAGAGAGAGAAGGAGAAGGCUUCUUCCCCACGUGAAGUGCUGGAGAGGCUGCCAUCUUGGAGCGGUGGCAACAACAGGAGGACAUCCAGUGAGGGAAGAAAAGCCAUCAGAAAAUAUUUUCUGAGGUCAGAAGAGACCGCUAGGUGAGUCCAGCUGAGAGGGGACACUCAAAGAGAUGGCCAGAAUGCAGAGCAUCCAAUAAGAAAGCCCUGGAAUUCUCUAACGUUUUCCCUGAAAGAUCUCAAAAUGCUUUUCUAUGAGUUUUCUUCCUGAUCCUGACCACUUCCAGGUGAGUUGGUAAGGGUCUUAAGGGGUCUGUCCACCACUCAGAUGGGGAAACUCAAGCCCGGAAGGCAGAGGUGCCUUGGCCAAGGCCGACUGGGACUAGAACCCGGGUUUCUUGGCCCUCACCCACUAUUCGUUCAAUAGUAUUUAUUGAGCGCCUUCUAUGUGCAGAGCACUGUACUAAGCGCUUGAACUGUACAAUUCGGCAACAGAUAGAGACAAUCCCUGCCCAAUGACGGGGUAACAGUCUGUAGAACACCUCUAAAAUAGAGUGUCUUCACCUUCUGAGAAAAGCCCUUGAGGUGCUGGGGCUAGACGGAGGGAUCUAGAUCGAACGGUCUCCACUUCCCAUCCAGUUUCAGAAAGAGAGGUAGACUGUGCUCCAGGGGUACCGAGGGAUUCUGGUCACCCGCUCUCCUGCAGGGCACGAAAUUGGCACCUGCCUCAUUGAGGGGGCCGGUGGAAAUCCGAGUCGUUGGGCAGUCCGACAGAAUCAAUCACGGGGGGACCCAGGAAUUCUAAUUAGACUGGGAAGAAGAAACCCUAGACACCCCCCACCAGGGUCAGGACCCUCACAGGAAAUGUGUUUUUACAAAUUCCAUAAACCUAGAGUUUUAGGGCAAAAACUACACUAAGUCCCUACCCAAGCUGGGUAUAAACUUACCCUGACUGGGCAGAGCUAGGCUGGUGAGGUGGACAAGUCACCUUGAAGGGUUCUUUCAGGGCAUGGAAGGUCAGGCCCCAUUGCCAAGUGGGAGAUUAAGGUAUCUCCUGCUCUCCUCUUCCUUCACUCUUUCCCUUCCUUUGCCCUCCUCCCCACCACCCCUGCUUAUCACAUCACCUUCUCUGUAACUUGGCUGGCUGGCGGAAGCUCUGUCGGUGGCGUUCCCGUCUCCUACCGGCUCAGGCGGUACGAGCGGCCAUAUUGACUUUCCAUAAAACUGUGUAAAAAAAAAAAAGACUUAGCAUGUUGGUCAAACGAACAAUAAACUGUCUUAAAUUCUCAA